UGGGGAUACAAUUGAACAAGGAGAGAGAGAGAGGGUGAGUUAGUAGAUGCAGUUUGCAGUCGUGUCGUGGAAUCACAGCAAAGUACACUGGCAGCAGGGAUGAAGAAAACCUUGAACUAAGCAAUGAAUGACGGACAAUAGGAGAAUAUACACUACAGAGAGAAAAGAGAAGAGAGUCUGGUCUUUCAUCCUCUUAUCUGGGCAUCAGACGGAGGAGAGGAGAGGAAUCCUGAGAGAGGGGGAACGGAUGAUAACGGGGUGCUCAUUCCUGUUUAACACCAUUCUACCCGGAACAGACUGUAAUUGCAACCUACGGCUGGCAUCGUCAUUGGGACUGCUGCGUUACAUUGGGAUUGUGUAAACAGUAUAUACGGAUGGCAUCACAGAGACGGGAUUGUGCUCGCCUGUGGAGAGGCCACUGGAAUGGGGCUGAAGCCUAGUGGAAUUACCUCUACCUUUCUGAAUCCUUUCCUUGUCAGUCAGGAGUCGCAGUUCCCACCAUGGGGAAUAACAUCCAACUGCUAGCAUCUAGCACCCCAACACUGACCACCUCUCUACCCCUGCAGAGUGACCCCACCAUCAGGAGCCCAACCACCAGUACUACCAUUGUUCCAGUGAGAGAUGUGUUCAAUGCACUGUUCUGAUUACAACAAGCAUCCAAUGGGAUUUAGUGAAACCUAGAGGUUUGGGGUGUUGAUGCCAGUGCAACAACUUGUAGAGGACCUUGAGCUUCGGGGGACGUGUCUUCCUGGAAGGAAAUACUCAACUGUGAGAGCUCCUCCAGAACACAACAUGGGAUUGUGGGACAUGGGUGGAUUUAUCAGCUGUACAUCCUGUCUAGAUUAUGGGACUUUACUCUGUUUACUUUAAAGUUCUGUGUCUGUUCUAGACCGGUUCCUCAGCAGAACCAAGUAAUUGACACCAAGUAAUCCCUGCCUUCUGAUUUGUUUGGGGGCUUAUUUUUUAAAGGAACAUUUCCCCCUCCACUUUUCCCUUUUUCUGGUCUUCCUCCUUUCCCCACACCUCUUCAUCCAGUGAGGAGGAAUAUAUUAUGAAACAGGUCCAUUCUUCCUGAUCCUCCCUAGGUGACAGAGAGAGAAGAGGGACAAACUGCCCUGAAUAGAUAACGAGAAAGUAGAGAGAGAUAGACGGAACGGAGAAGAGAAGGAGAUAGGGAAACAAGUAGAGAGAAAGAGAGAGAGAAGAGAGAAAUAAAGCGAGAGAAUUAACUGAGAUUUGUCAGAAUCCUUCUAGAGACUUCCUGCCUCAGCCUAAUUUAGCCUGUCUGUCUCUGAGUUCCGCUGAUUGGUUGGUUGGCUGGUUGGUUGGUUGGUUGGCUGGCUGGUUGGUUGGUUUGCACGAUGGGCAAGGAAAGAGGCAGAAUUCUGACCGUGGGGGCAGCUGAGCACUAGAGGGGGGUUAAAGGACCGGAGCUGGAUGGCUCUUAAACAGAUAGACAGACAGUAAACAUGGAGGCAGUAUAAACAGACAUUACAAGCAGACAGUCGUCAUUGUCAUUCCAGACUGUGUGUGAGAGAGAGGGGGAGAGAGGGAGAGAGAAGCAGUCAGUCCUGUGUUGUGUUUGGUGCUGCCUGUCUGCCUGACGGGGACUGAGAGCGAGCGACGCAGCAAUUAGAGGAUCUGACUGCAUCCCCCUCAGCCUCAGCCUCCACUGGCAAGACUAGACAGAUACAAACAAACAGGUAGGGGGACUGUUACUAGAAGGGAAGGAUAGGUUAGAUAGAGGUAGUGGCAGAGAGAGGGAGAGAGAGAGGGAAGGAAAGAGAAAAGUAGGCAGUGAAAGGAAAGGGAUAGAGAGCAGGUGUCUGAAAUCCUCUCCUUCAUCUGCUUGUCAUUUCCUCCCCUGUUUCCCCCUCGUCUUCUGGGAGAGAGAUUGGAUUUAGACACCGGUACUCGAAGGCGUCGAGGCCUUCUCACGGCCCAGAGGGAACGAAACGAGGGAAGGAGAGAGAGAAAGGGAAGGAGGGGGGCUCUUUUGGAUUGAAACAGACUCAUUUUUCACCCCUCGUGUUUCAUUUGGCGAAGAGGCUCCUUCCGCGUCUAUAGCUCUACUGAAGAGAGGGAGUGAGAUAAAGAAAAGGAAGAAGAGAUACAAUACCCUUUAUUUUUCUCCUUCUGUCCUUUACUCUCUGCCUUUGUUGAGGGUGUUUGAAGAUUUUUUCUUCUUCUUCUUCGUUUUUUUUUAUUUUUCUCCUCACCUCCAAAAGGAAUAUUGUUGCCUAGCUAUCACAGUCCAAGUACCGGAAUCUUCCAUCUUUCUAGGUCCUCUCUCUCUCUCAGCCCCACAAGUCCCCCCUUCGCGGAAGACGCAUCCCCUUCACCUAACCCCCCUCGUCCCUGACCCCUCCAUCCCUCCACCGGUGGACUCUAUCUCCAUGCCUGUCGAGGGCUGUGUUGACUGGCUACUACACACAUAUAUGGUACACCCCCCUGAUAUCGUCUGACUCAUUCUGUGGCGAGCAGGCAGCCAGCAGACCGUUCUCCAUGAGGAGCAGUAGAAGAUGCCGGCUCUGCCAGCGCUGCUGCUGUCGAUACACUUCUCCUCCUUCCUGCUAGUUACCAUGGCACCACGCUCCGGAAGCCAGGCCACCCUGCUCUCCUCCGUCCGGAUGGCUGCGAUCCUGGAUGACCAGUCAGUGUGUGGGCGUGGGGAGCGGCUGGCUCUGGCCCUGGCCAGAGAGAACAUCAACAGUGUGAUGGAGGGAGGGGCCAGAGCCCGCGUGGAGGUGGACAUAUUCGAACUGCAGAGGGACUCCCAGUACGAGACCACUGACACCAUGUGCCAGAUUCUACCUAAAGGAGUGGUGUCUGUGAUAGGCCCUGCCAACAGCCCUGCUUCUGGCUCUACUGUCAGUCAUAUAUGUGGAGAGAAGGAGAUCCCUCAUGUAAAGAUAGGUCCAGAGGAGACUCCCAGGUUGCCCUACCUGCGUUUUGCCUCGGUCAGUCUAUACCCUAGCAACGAGGACCUGAGCCUGGCCGUGGCAGCCAUCCUGAGAUCCUUCAGCUACCCCUCAGCCAGCCUGGUCUGCGCCAAGGCCGAGUGCCUUCUGCGAUUGGAGGAGCUAGUGCGGCGCUUCCUGAUCUCCAGGGAGACGCUGUCAAUCAGGAUGCUGGAUGACAGCCUGGACCCCACCCCUCUGCUGAAGGAGAUACGAGACGACAAGGUGGCCACCAUCAUCAUCGACGCCAACGCCUCCAUCUCCUACCUCAUCCUCAAAAAGGCGUCAGAGUUGGGGAUGACAUCAGCGUUUUACAAGUACAUCCUCACCACCAUGGAUUUCCCCCUGCUGAGGCUGGAUGACAUAGUGGAUGACCAGUCCAACAUCAUAGGGUUCUCCAUGUUCAACACCACCCAUCCGUUCUACCUGGAGUUCAUCAGGAGUCUAAACUUGUCCUGGAGGGAGGGCUGUGAUCUCAUCUACCCUGGACCUGCGUUGUCGUCAGCGUUGAUGUUUGACGCGGUGCACGUUGUGGUGGGGGCGGUGAGGGAGCUCAACAGGAGUCAGGAGAUUGGAGUCAAACCUCUCAGCUGCACCUCUCCUCAGAUCUGGCAACAUGGCACCAGCCUCAUGAACUACCUACGCAUGGUGGAGUAUGAUGGUCUGACAGGCCGUGUGGAGUUCAACAGUAAAGGUCAGAGGACCAACUACACCCUGAGGAUCCUGGAGAAACACCGCAGGGGUCACAGAGAGAUUGGUAUCUGGUACUCCAACAACACACUAGCUAUGAACGCCACCAGUCUGGACAUCAACAUCUCGGAGACGCUGGCCAACAAGACCCUCAUCGUCACCACCAUACUGGAGAGCCCCUAUGUGAUGCGUAAGGGGAACUACCAGGAGUACCAGGGGAAUGACCAGUACGAGGGCUUCUGUGUGGACAUGUUGAGAGAGCUGGCAGACAUCUUGAAGUGCUCCUUCAGGAUCAAACUGGUGGAUGAUGGGCUGUAUGGAGCGCCUGAACCCAACGGGUCCUGGACCGGCAUGGUGGGAGAGCUCAUCAACAGGAAAGCAGACUUGGCAGUAGCAGGCUUCACCAUCACGUCUGAGAGGGAGAAAGUCAUAGACUUCUCCAAGCCCUUCAUGACGCUAGGAAUCAGCAUCUUGUACAGAGUCCACCUGGGGAGGAAGCCAGGAUAUUUCUCCUUCCUGGACCCAUUCUCUCCGGCCGUUUGGCUCUUCAUGCUGCUAGCCUACCUGGCUGUCAGCUGUGUGCUCUUCCUGGCUGCAAGGUUGAGUCCCUAUGAGUGGUACAACCCACACCCGUGUCUGCAUGGGCACAAGGACAUGCUGGAGAACCAGUACACCCUAGGGAACAGCCUAUGGUUCCCUGUAGGAGGCUUCAUGCAGCAGGGCUCUGAGAUCAUGCCCCGUGCCCUGUCCACACGCUGCGUCUCAGGGGUCUGGUGGAUGUUUACUCUGAUCAUCAUCUCGUCCUACACAGCCAACCUGGCUGCCUUCCUGACCGUCCAGAGGAUGGAGGUGCCCAUCGAGUCUCCUGACGACCUGGCCGACCAGACCAACAUCGAGUAUGGCACCAUCCACGGGGGGAGCACCAUGACUUUCUUCAUGAACUCGCGCUACCAGACAUACCAGCGCAUGUGGAACUACAUGCACUCCAAGCAGCCCAGUGUGUUUGUGAAGAGCACAGAGGAGGGCAUUGCCCGUGUGGUCAACUCUAAAUAUGCCUUCCUCCUGGAGAGCACCAUGAAUGAGUACUACCGCAAACUCAACUGUAACCUCACCCAGAUAGGUGGUCUGCUGGACACCAAGGGCUACGGCAUCGGCAUGCCACUGGGCUCUCCAUUCAGAGAGGAGAUCACUAUGGCCAUCCUGCAUCUGCAGGAGAACAACAGGCUGGAGAUCCUGAAGAGGAGGUGGUGGGAGGGAGGACAGUGCCCUAAAGAGGAGGACCACAGAGCCAAGGGUCUGGGCAUGGAGAACAUCGGGGGUAUCUUCGUGGUGUUGAUCUGUGGCCUCAUCAUCGCUGUUUUCGUGGCCAUCAUGGAGUUUGUGUGGUCGACGCGCUGCUCUUCAGAGACAGACGAGGUACGCCCACACUCCUGCCCUCGCCGACACCACAGACCCACCCCAGUGUCUGUCUGUCAGGAGAUGCUCACCGAGUUCCGAAACGCCGUCUCCUGUAAGAAGAGUUCCCGUUCCCGUCGUCGCCGCCCCCUGGGCAACUCCGCGGCCCUCCGCCACCCCACCCGCAUCGCCCUGGGGGCCCAGCGGCCCCUCCGCCUCGUACGGGAGAUGCGCCUCAGCAACGGCAAGCUCUACAGCGGCUCGGGACCACUGACUGGGGGAGCAGGGGGGCCAGGAGGGGGUGUAGGGGCCGGGGGAGGUCCCUCAGACAUGGGCCCCGGGCCUCAGCGACUCCUGGAAGACCCUCUGGGGGCCAACACCACCCCUCCUCACCCGUCCCAGCCGCAGGCCCCCGUGGCGCUCCCUCGCAGCUGCACGCACGUCAGGAUCUGCCAGGAGUGCAGGAGGAUCCAGAGCCUGAGGUCAGGGAUGGGGUCCACGAGGAUCCCCCCCUCAUCUGCACCCCUGCCCCGCCUGCCCCCUCCGCCUGUCCCCUCCUCUUCCAACACAGACAGCGAGGGGGGAGGGGGGUCCAGCCCCCGGCGGCUCCCCCACAGCACCCCUGCAGCCUGCCUACCCAUACCACCCCCACAGAGCAGCAUCAGCACAGACCUUCUGGGGGAGCAGGACUAAGACUGACGGACUAGGAGAGGCUGGAGGUUAUAUGGGGGGCAAGUUAACGGCGGCUUAACUGAUAUUUGAGCUGCUCAGUGACGCACUAUUCUGCGACCCUCCGUACAUUGGCCUCCAGGAGGGAACUACAGGGAGAGGAGGAGGGAGACAGAGAGAUAAUUAGAGGGCACAAAGACAUUGUGAGAUGUGUGAUGAAGCAAUGGAAAUGAUAUAUUUGCACAGAUACCAAAAGACACACCCAUACAGAAGGAGAAAGACUGAGAGACUUCCUUUGCUCUCCAGCGCGCUGCCCAGCUGGUUCUGAUGUUAGCCCAGUCUGUUCACAGAACCAUGCUCUGCUGUGUUCUGGCUUUGUGAUUUACUUGAAGAUGGCUGCUCGGUUCUUAUCUUGACUUACCAGUGGACCAAUCAGGACUGAGCUACACUGGAUAAAGCAGUCAGGUAACGCACAUAAUAUGAUGCCAGACCUACUGGUUUCUCUGUUGGUCUCUCUCUGUUCUCCUCUCUCUCUCUCUCUCUCGCUCUCUCUCUCUCUCUCUCUCUCUUUUUCCCUUUCUAUGAUACCACAGACUCUCAUCUAGAGCGGCCAGCUCUUCGUCUCUGGACGGUGACCACUGGAGGAGGAGCACACAUCGAUCCUGGAGGACCUUUAAUCUAUGUAACAUACAACAACAACAGAAGACUUUAAAACUGACUCAGAGAAUUAUAUGAUUUUCCAGAUUUUUUUGUUGUUGUCUUUGAUGUUUGGUUACCAUUGUUCUAAGUGGCAGUUACAGAAAAAUAAAGACUAUAUAUGUGACUAAUGUGGUAGAUCACGACACACUAUGAAGACUCCCCUGAGGUGUACUGUGUGGAGGAGGUGUUUUGUCCAUCCGUGCACCCCGUAGCUGCUUUUGAAACGACAUUGAAGAAGGCGGAGUUGGCUGGAAAUUAGUUGCAACAAAGUCAGCAUAUGCAUAAUAUAAUUGCUGUGUGUGUGUGUGUGUGUGUGUGUGUGUGCAGAUGUCUGUCCUUACAGUAAGUGAGAGGAACAAAUGAUCAUACCAUUUCAGUGUAAGUGUAUGAAAAUCAGAGGCUUUGAGAUGUGAAAUGACUCGUUAUUCUGGAGAAUACUUGCCAAGCCUUUUCUCCUCUUUAUCUCUGUUCAUAGUACAGAGAGAGAGGAAGAGGAGAGAGAGAGAAAAAGGAGAGAGCGAUGGAGAGAGGAAGAGGAGAGAGAGAAAGAUAAAAAAUAGGAAAUAAACAGAGAAACAGAGAGAUAAAAAGAGGACACUGUAUCAGAAUGACAAAUCCCUAAUUGAACUACUUCCAUAAUGAGAUCUCUCCUGAUCUGGUAAUUCUGGGCAGCAUCUUGCUGGGGGCUUGGCUGUGCUGCCAGGAGGCUGGGACUAAAGCUUCCCUGCUCUACAUCACAUUGAGCUGGCUGUCUGCAGCACAGACGCCUGCCAGAGCUCCACACUGAGCUCCACACCACCCUGAGCCCUCUCAUUCCAGCCUGUGGAGCUUUGGAUCUGGUAAUUAUUCCCGUUUAAUAACUAAUAGCCACCCAAUGACUACGGAGGAGACUGAGGUCAUGGAUUAAUGUUAUAAAAGUAUGACGGGGAAUAAUGUUACAGGGUUCAAGUCAAUUCUUUGGUGGGUCUCUGAAGCCUUUCUGAGGCUUUCUGCUGCCUCUAAUGUGUCUCUCUCACACAUACACCACAGAUAAUCACACACACACAGUGACAGACAGACAUAACCAUACAACCUACGAAAUAUAUAAUUAUCUCUGUGGUCUUCUCUUGGACCCACAGUGCAGCAGUGAAACAGACACGCACAGCUGCAUAGGUCACCAUAUAGUCUGUGGUUUCUGUCUAGUCUCAACUCAAUGCUGUGAAACCACUGGAUGGCUUUGUCCCAAUACACUUAAUUGGCCUCCUUUCCUCGUCUCCUUUCCUACACAACAAUUGAUCUUACAGGCCUAGACAGGUGAAAGCACUGAUGGAGCUCUAUCCUGUCCUUUCACCUAUCAGUGGUGAAGAAGGAAAGAACAUAAGAAAAGGAAGAGCUUUGAGUAUUGGGACGUAUAUGAAUGUCAGGGGGAGGGAAGGAGGGGUGGCCAAAGUGAAUCAGAGAGAUGUCUGCGAGGAGAGAGAGAGUUCACUCAACAAAACAACAAACUGUUUUUGUUUACUUUUCGGUUCUCUGUUAUUUUUUCAUAUUUCUAUACUAGUGCUAAAUGGAUUAUUAAAAGAAUGACGUUGAAUAUUAUUAUGAUUACAUUGUUGUUAUUAUUAUUAUUAUUAUUAUUAUGAUUCCUAUUGAAGUACGGGUCUAUAGGAGGAUGCUGCUGUUUUGGGGAGAUGGGUGGAGGGUACGUCCUCUCCAUAGCAACCACCUGGUUUUAAAGCCUAUAGACACACAAACUCAUUUGGAAUAAAAAAAAAUAUUCA